GACGAAUGUUUACUUUCAAUUGGCUGCAACCAGUGCAAGUGGAGUGGAUGUGUGCUAGAAUGUAAGUUGCCUGUAGUCACGAUCGAAACAGGUUAUGCGUUGGACGUAAAAUUGAAAGAUUUCAAAGCAAAACUAACUUACGCGCACUGUGAAACGAAACGGAAUACUUAACUAAACUAGUUUUCGAUAAGGAUAAACAAACUAACUAACAAGUGAUUCAGUAUGAGUAAUCUGCUUAAGAUUGGUUUCCUUGGUGGUGGUAAAAUGGCGCAAGCAAUGGCAAAAGGAUUUAUUUCAGCCGGCCUUACCAAGAGCGAAAAUAUGACCGCUAGCUUUCAUCCGACUGACUUAUCAAAUAUCGAAGCGUUUAAAUCGUUCGGAGCCGAAACGUUUUUGGAAAACAUUCCAAUAGUGAAGCGCUCGGAAGUGAUAUUCGUUUCCGUGAAACCAUCAGUCGUUCCAACUGUACUGGAAAACGUACGAACCGUCAGCGAUGGGAAGCUAUUCAUUUCGAUCGCCAUGGGAGUCACGCUAGAAGACUUGGAAAAGUCUCUUUCAUCAAAAGCUCGCGUUAUUCGAGUGAUGCCCAAUACUCCGGCAUUGGUGCGAAGUGGAGCUACCGUCUACGUGCGCGGAAAGGCAGCAACUUCGGAUGAUUGCUCUGUGACUCAAAAAUUGUUUGAAUCUAUUGGAACUUGUGAGGAAGUUAUGGAAAGUUUGAUGGACCCCGUGACCGCACUUUCUGGUAGUGGACCAGCGUACAUAUUCGUGCUGAUAGAAGCUCUCGCCGAUGGAGGUGUGAAGAUGGGUUUACCACGUGAUCUGGCUUAUCGUUUAGCUGCACAAACCGUACUUGGGGCUGGCAAGCUGGUACGCGAAACAGGUCGACAUCCUGGACAGUUAAAAGAUGACGUUACAAGUCCGGCUGGAUCGACUGCUGCGGGAUUGGCAUUCUUGGAGCAAAAUGCAUUCCGACAUGCCGUAGCUGGAGCUGUAGAAGCGGCGACACUUCGAUGCCGUGAAGUUUCGGGCAAUAAAUAAAAUCUAUAGCAUUCCUUCCUUCACCCUUGAUAGACCGUGCUCAAAUGCAUACAGAGUUCGGAAAACUGUAGAUACUUAUUAGGCGUAUAAAUAAUACCAAACAUCACUUGAAGACAAUAAAAGUGCCAGAACGGGUCUCUAAACAA